AUGAAGGCCGUCCUUCUUGCCCUGCUGGCCACUGGCUGGGCCCUGCAGUCAGGCACCGCCCUGCAGUGCUACUCCUGCAAAGCCAAGGUAAGCAACCAGGACUGCCAGCACGUGCAGAACUGCACCCGCUCCGAGACCCAGUGCCGGACCGAGCGCUUCAGUGCUGUCGGCCUCCUGACCGUCAUCAGCAAGGGCUGCAGCUCGGACUGUGCGGGUGACUCGUAGAACUACUACCUGGGCAAGCAGAACAUCACGUGCUGCUCCACGGACCUGUGCAACGCCAGCAGGGCCCAUGCCCUGUGGCCAGCCACUGCUAGCCUGGCGCUGCUUACUGCUCUUGGCAGCUUGCUGCUCUGGGCUCCUGGCCAGCUGUAGGACCAGGAGGACCCUGCUGUGUCCCAAGUUGGGCAGUGGGCGUUCAGGGUCCCUGGGGCAAUCCUCACACAUGCCCGGCCCAGUCGAGGCCCCUCCUGGCCCCUUACUCAGGUCAGGUCAUGCCCCUCUGCCCUUUCCAGCCCUCCCUGGCUCCCUGUAGCUCCCACCACCAGGCACGCUGGGCCCUAGUGAUGCGGAACAGCCUGCUGACGGCCCAUCCCUCCCCUGGGCCUAGGGCUGCUCCUGUUUCCACUGCCCAAUAUUCUGACCUAGCCCUUAACCCUUGCUCAGGCACCUCCUCCUCCAGGAAGCCUUCUCUGCCUGCCUGCCUCCACAAGCUGAGCUAGGUCCCGCUCACAGUAUCCCUGGCACCCAGCAUGGAGCAGACACUCAGGAGGGCCCCAUAAAGGCUGAGAUGAAACGUACCAAGGAGCAUUGGGGGCAGGGGCUGUGAGGUACCAGGAGCCCCAAGACAUGAGGCCUGGAGGGGGGACAGUUCCCCAAGUUCAUGGGGGUGUAGGGGCAGUACCGCAGCACACAGUAGGCCCUUAAUAAAGGCCCGUUGGCUUAGUUGCAGACAGUCUCCAUCGUCGCGUGCUCCCAGGUUGAGGUCAGAGUUGGGGUCCAGGGCUCUGUUGAGCCACCAUCUGGCCCAUGUCUGCGGCUGUGGCCAUGCUCUCGGCCAUGUGGGGCAGAGCUCUGGCAUGGGCAGAAGCAAAUGUGUGACACCUGGAAGGGAGGACAUCUCUGCAGAAGGCAAGGCAGUGCCCCCAGGGACUCCUGGCUCCUGCUGUGUGGCCUCGAACAGCUGGCUCAACCUCUCUGAGCCUCAGAUGCUCAUCUGUGACCCCUCUCUGCUGUGAGGAUUGACCCAGAGACUUCAUGGGAUGGAGAAGUUUCCCGGUGGGAGGGGACUGCUACCAUGUGAGCCCCCACAGUGUCCCCACCCAGUCCUCUCCCUAUACCCUGAGGAGAGCCCCUCUGUUCAUUUCUUAGAUUUUUUAUUUUGUUUGUUGUAAGUGCUCCACACCCACAGUAAAAAAUUCCAACUAUACAAAAGGGUCCCCAGUGACAGGCCACCUCCCCCCACCCCGUGACCUCAGGCCCCUCCGCCUCUCUAGGGGGACCCCAUCACACCUCCUAGGGC